CCAAGUAAUGUAUCUCUGUCUUACACGUUACACGUAUUCCACAUAAAGUAAAUACAAACAAAAUUACUUCCAAAAAUUCAACGCAACUAAAUAAAUUAAAUAUGAGCUUGUACUCGAUAUCUGACUAUUUUGAUGAUAUUGCUGCGGCUCGAAAGAGACCAAAAAAUCAAGAUUAUUUAAAACUACCCACUCGAGAUAAUGGAUUUGUAGACGCUCAGUUUCAAGUACCAGCCCAAAAAAUACCAUGGAAAGCAAUUUUCUUAGCCACCAUGCUUUUAGUUGUUGGUACAAGUUUGUUAGUUUUUGGGUCAUUAGCCAUCAGUGGAAGAUUAGUCCUUGAAUACCCUGAUCGAAUGUGGCCAAUGAUAAUACUGGGACUUAUUAUGUUUAUUCCUGGAGCUUACCAUGUCAGAAUUGCCUAUUAUGCAUACAAAGAAGUUCCAGGAUAUUCUUUUGAUGACAUUCCCGAGUUUGAAUAAUGUUGAAACAUACGUAUUUAUUGAGUAUUUUAGUCAUUUCUGUGAUGUUUAUUGCUAAGUUUUAGGUGCCUUUUAGAGUCUAUUGUAAUAUUUCAGCUUAAAAAUAAAACAAAGUUAUAGUAAA